GUAGAGUGAUUUCCCAGACUGGGCCAUUAAAUCCCAACUGCCACAGGGAGUGGCUGACCCUGAUUUCUCAUUUGCAUAAAAGCUAACUACUAAAUACAUAAAUGUACAUGUAUUGCGUACUGUCUCCUUCUGACCCAAAGUAUGGGGAAAAUUUGCCUAUGUGCAUGUCUUCGUCAACCAGAGCACCCAAAGGUAUCUUACGCUGCACGGGGAACACAUGCGAACUCCACACAGACAGAUUCCUAAACGGCAAUGACCACCAGCCCACCCUGUGGACCUUUGAACACAGUGGCCGCUAGAUGGCACCACUUCCGGUUCGGGCCCAGUCAUAAGAAUUACAUCAUCGGCGGAGGGAUGUAAAUAAAGCCUCAAAGUUAACCGUAUGCAUGCGCGGCUAAAUCCGUAAAAAUGGGGAAGAGAGACAACAGAGUGGCGUACAUUAACCCCAUAGCGGCGGCUCGGGCCCGGGGACCCCCGCCAUCUGCCGGAACCACGAUCCAGGACUACCUGAACAGACCGAGGCCGACGUGGGAGGAGGUGAAGGAGCAACUGGAGAAGAAAAAGAAGGGAUCAAGAACGCUGGCAGAGUUUGAGGAGAAAAUGAAUGCGAAGUGGAAGAAGGAGCUAGAGAAGAACAGGGACAAGCUUCUCGGGGGGAGCGACGGCAGGAAGGACAAAGAAAAAAAAGAGAAAAAGCGACGAGAGAAGAAGAGAGCCAGCAGGCAUUCUUCGUCUUCCUCCUCUUCAUCAAGUUCUGAUUCCUCUAGCAGCUCGUCCGAAUCUGAUGAGGAGGAAAAGAAGAUUAAGAAGAAGAAAAAGCAGAAGCGUGUCAGAAAGGCGUCAGAUGACGACUCAUCAGAAUCAGAAUCUGACAGCAAGGAACCUUCCAGAAAGAAAAAGAAGCAGCCAAGGGGGGACAACGCCGAAAGGGAAAAGGAUGACAAGGGGAGCCGUCGCCGGAUGAAGCUGGAGCAUCCCGACAAGGCCUCGUCCCCUGAGUCGCAUGCGGACUCCGAAAUCGGGGAGGGUGACUCGAAGAAACAGAAAAGAAGUAGUGAAGAGAAGGAAAGAAGUACGGACAAAUCAAAGAAAAAGAGGAAAAAGAAGCAAAAGAAGCACAGAAAGAAGAAGAAGGCCUCCAGCUCGGAUCACGAGUCGGAUUAAGGCGUCGUUGUGUGACGCCCCCUAGUGGUACAGGCAGGGGUGUGAGUGCAUGCCUAGAAAGGCGGGUGUCGGGCUGCCAAGGCAAAAGAACGCCUGCAUGAGCCAGGACUCUGGAGAAAAGCAAACUCUUCACUCACAAAACUUUUAAUAUGGGGAAACUGUCUUGCUGUUUCGGAAUUUUUUUUUUUUUUUUUUUUUUUUUUUUUAAGAAUUUUCAAUCAAAAUAAAAGUGUUACCAUUUGACUGUCGCGUGGAUUAUCUGCAAUAAAAUUUUAAUUUCCUGCACAUAUUUGUAUAUGAUGUACAUUAUGACUAGGUCUUGUGUGACCUUAGUUUUUCUCCCUAAUAUUCUUAUGGGAUUUACAGUCUGCUUAGCAAAAUGUGGCUGGAAACUAGCUGGCAUGUGAUAGAUGGUUCUCGUGUGACGUUCACUUUACGCAGCGGUCAGUGAGGUGUUUCUCAUGGCAAUAUCACAGCUGAGUUGCUGAGAGGUUUGUUUUGUGACCUCCAGCCCCCUCUAUGAGAUGUCUGUAUAGGACCUUCACUGCACGUAUCAGUGCUGUGCUCAUACCAACCUCAUAUUGAAGUUGUCAUUAAAAAUGCACUGAUUUUUGUAGCAAAGAAAUUUGAAUUAAAAAAUUCACAUGCAUGUACUGUU